AUGGCGCAAAUCAUCGACGGCAAGGCCAUCGCCGCCGAAAUCAGGCACGAGAUCGGCGCCGAGGUCGCCGCGCUCUCGUCCGCCCACAACAUCGUGAGCCCCUAUCCCACCCGACGCCGCCGCUGGACCAAUCGACCUGCUGCGGAUUGGGAUAAUGUCCGUGACGCUGACUUUUUCCUUCUGUCGCAGGUGCCGGGGCUGGCGGUGGUGAUCGUGGGGAGCAGGAAGGACUCGCAGACAUACGUGCAGAUGAAGCGCAAGGCCUGCGCCGAGGUCGGCAUCCGCUCCUUCGACGUCGACCUCCCCGAGGACAUCUCCGAGGCCGCGCUCGUCGCCGAGGUCCACCGCCUCAACGCCGACCCCGCCGUCCACGGAAUUCUUGUUCAGCUUCCAUUGCCCAAGCAUAUCAACGAAGAAAAUAUCUUGAACCAGAUCUCCAUUGAGAAAGAUGUCGACGGCUUUCAUCCUUUGAACAUUGGCAAGCUCGCAAUGAAAGGCAGAGAUCCACUGUUUGUACCUUGCACGCCAAAGGGAUGCAUGGAGCUCCUGUCACGAAGUGGCGUCACUGUAAAAGGAAAACACGCAGUUGUGGUUGGGCGUAGCAACAUUGUGGGUUUACCAGUAUCCCUUCUCCUUCUGAAAGCGGACGCAACCGUGUCGAUCGUGCAUUCACGGACCCCAAAUCCCGAAACAAUUGUCCGUCAAGCAGACAUUGUCAUUGCAGCAGCUGGCCAGGCCAUGAUGAUCAAGGGAGACUGGAUCAAACCAGGCGCGGCGGUCAUCGACGUCGGGACAAACUCCAUCGACGACCCAACCAGGAAGUCUGGGUACAGACUCGUUGGCGAUGUGGAUUUCUCGGAGGCGAGCAAGGUCGCGGGUCACCUGACUCCGGUCCCCGGAGGCGUCGGGCCGAUGACCGUGGCGAUGUUGCUGAAGAACACGGUGGACGGCGCCAAGAGGGGUAUAGUCAGCUGA